AUGAAUGCAAAGGAGAUAUAAUUGUAAUAAUUUGGAUGUUCAGAAAUGUUCAACAAAUACGCUUGCUUAAUAGUUGAGAAUUACUCCUGCACUUGGGAGAAUUAAAGAUGCACAGAAACAAAGGGAAUUGAUUAUAGUGACUCUUAAUUAUGUAAUAUCUUCCUAACACCAGUGAAUCCUCACACAUGUUCUUAGAUACCUUCAGCUAAAUGUAUGAGUGGGGGAGAUUUCGAAUGUAUUGAAUUACGAUCAGAGCAAUUAUCAUAAUUGUCAUGCAAUGAAAUAGGCUUAAAUGAGGAAGGCUGUUAUGCGCUGAAUAAGAUAGAUCAAUAUUGUACUUUUAGGAAUGGAAAAUGUUAAGAGUUAAAAUUAUCAGACAUCUAAUCCUGUGAUCAGAAGCUAAGUAAAUCAGCAUGUUUGUCUAAUAAAAACAAUGAUUUAUAAUGUGAAUGGUUCGGCAAACAAUGUAGAACCUUUAAAUAUGAAACAGGAUAAGUGUGCGUAACAAAAAAUCAGGUAAAUACUUCUGUUUGUUAAAAAUCGACUGGGUUAUGUUAAUAUGAUGAGAGUCAAUCUAAAUGUGUGAUUAUUCAAAAUUAUCAUAUCAACAAUCUUUAAUGCAAUACUCCAGGAUUGUCAAAGAUAGCUUGUUUAUCAGUUAUUAAUUAAAAUUGUACAUUUGUCCAUGGAAAAUGCUAGGAGUUAUCGGAAUUAGAUCUUAAUUUUUUUCAAUGUCACAUGGAUCUGAAUAAACAGGCUUGUGUUAAUAUUAAGACUCAUUUCUAAUAUUGUUUUUGGAAUGGGAAUAAUUGCGAAAGAAGAGUGAUGAAUUAAGAUUACGAUUGUCCAUUAAAAGUAGAGAAUAGUAAAACAAGAGUAAAUGGAAAUGUUUGUUAGGCCAUCUCAUAUUAUUAGAAGAAAUGCAAAUACAAUGCAUAGACUAAUUUAUGCAUAGAGAGUUCUAUUACUGAUAGAUGCAACACUCCUUUUAUAAAUAAAAUUGGUUGUCUCAGUAUCGUAAAAAAGGAUGAAGCAUGUUAAUGGACGAUGCAAGGUUGUAGGAAUGUUGAGGUGUUACAAUAGAUAACUACUUGCAAUAAUUUGGGGAGUGCAAAUCCAAUUGCAUGCUCUUAAGUAUUUGAAUCUGACCAGAAGGUGGGUUGUUAUUUUGAUCAACAAAAACAAAAAUGUGUAGUAUUAAACAUUGAAGUUGGUCCAUAUGCUACCAAAGAGGAAAUAAUAAAGAAGCAGAAGGAUUUGGAACUAUUGAGAACUAUAUCGUGCAAUGAUAUUGCCUUGGGAUUAAAUAAAAUAGGCUGUUCAUCUAUCACAACAAUCGGAGUAGCUUGUAGAUGGAGCAGAGAUUAAUGUGUUUAGAUAGAAAAUCCAAAAGACAUCCAAACACUUCCAUGUUUGAGUCUAGUGUAUGCCAAUUAUAAAGCCUGUUCUUAUGUCUUGUAUGGUGGGGAAGUUUGUAGAUACUCGUCAUUGGUUAAGGGAUGUGUUAAUUCUAUAACCAAGAAUAUGCAAUGCAAUGAGUUAGGCUUAAAUUCAUUUGGAUGCUCCAAGGCUGAAGGUUCUUGUUAAUAUAUUGAUAAUCAAUGUGUACAAUCUGAAGGGGGUUAAACAAACCCUUAACCAACUUAAUCAACUGGAAGUGAUGUAGAUACAAAUCCACCGACUCCAUUAACAUGUGAAAUAACAUCACCUACUAAGACUGUGUGUUUGUCUUUUGUUUCCUUGUUGUGCAAAUGGACUAAAUCUAAGAGUGCUUGUGAAACUGUAGAAGUUAAGUAAAAUUCGAGUUGUCUUGAGUAUGGGGGAUCGGACAUUUCUGUUAAUUCGGAUGUGUGUGCAUCUAUAAUCAUGGAUUUUCCUGAUUACGACUUUGUAAAAGGGGUUUAAGCGGAUAAAAACAGAGGGUAUUGCUAUCAUAAUAAACAAAUAUCACAAUGUUAAGUUAAAAAGGAAUUCUGUAACACUAAGUGUUGUACUGAAAUUGAAAAUAUCGGAAUAAAUGCCCAUUCUUGUAUUAAAUUCUCAAGUAAUGAACCUGGAGCCUAUUGUUACUUUAAUAAUUUAAAAUGUUAAGAAUUGACAGAUGAGAUUGUGGACACAUCAGAAUAAGAUUAAAUCAAAUUGUAUUUUAAUGAACUUAAAUUGCCAUGCACUUCUAUGAGUAAGAAUUCUUGUCAUAUGAUUGAUUGGUCAUUGGAUCAACGCUGCUAUUAUAAUGGAAUAGUCUGUCUAAAUAUCAAUUACAAUUAUUAUAAGGAUAAUCGUAUUUUCAUUUAGGAUCCUUCUGUUUUAAAUGAGAAUGCAUGUUUUGCCAUUGAUGGGAGGAUAACAGUAUAGAACACACUCAAAUAUAUUGGAUAUGAUGAUGAAAAUAAAAGAUGCAAAGAGUUGUUAUUAGAUGACGAAUUUUCAUAUGCCACAUGUGAAGAUGCAAAGGCCAAUAGAAAUGUUUGUCAAAGAUACACAGGUAGGAACUAUUGCAAAUGGGAUGAACAACUAAUCAGAUGUAUUACUAUACCUUUAGAUGAAUAUGGUGAAAUCUAAACAUGCGUUUAAAAUCUAAAUGUUAAAGCAUGUACUGAUAUUAAAAAGAGUAGUUGUCUCUUUUAGAAGGAGUUGGAUAUUUGUGAAGAUGCUUAUAAGAGUCAAGUUGUUGAUGUCUUUAAUAUAGAUUGCACUCAUUUUAAAUUGUUAGGUAAGGUAAGUUGGUAAGUAUGUUAAUAAAUUAACAAACCUGGAUAACAGUGUGAAUUCCUCAAUUAUGAUUGUGUAGAUUCAACUAAAGUUUCUGGAAGUUGCGAUGGCUAGUUAGCCAAUAACAGAUCUUGCUUCAAAAAUACCAAAGGUUUAUGCAGAUGGGAUCCGGCCACUUGUUAAUGCUUUGUGAAUCACCAAGAUAUUUCACAAUUGUCAUGUUAAGAUAAUAUCAAUAUUGAAUUAUGUAAAAAGAUAACAAAAGAGGCUUGCAUUUGGAAUGAUAUAACAAAUGAUUGCUAAGUUUUCAUUACUCAGAAUUCAACAGAUUUUGAGAUCUUCAAUAAGACUGGAAAUCAUAAGUUUAAUGAAAGAGCAUGUUUAAUAAUCACAGGAGAUGCCUACUAUUAUGAUAAAGUAACGCAGAAAUGUACAAAACUGGUAUCUCAAACAGUAGAUUGUGACACAUAUCAAUUAAAUAAAUAUGCUUGUUUGUAUCAUACAAGAACACAUCAUUGUUUCUAUGAUGAAGAUGAGGUUGUACCUAAUAACAAAUGUAAAAAAUUUAAUUAAGACCAAUCUAUAUGCUCUUCUAAGUGGCAGAUCAACAUAGAAGUUUGCAUGGAUAUAUAGUAACCUUGCGUUUUCGAUAUUACUACAUUAUAAUGUACUUCUUUUGGUGAAUCAAAGAAAUGCUCAGAACUUACACUAUUAUCUGCUGACCUAAAACACCCUAAUAAACGAGUUUGUUCAUCUGUUGCUGAUACAUUAGAGGAGACUGUAGGAGAAUUAUAGUGUUUUGAAGACAAAUAAAAUCAAUAAUAAUGUAAAUUCGAAAAGUAUUGCCUAUGGUUCAAUUAUGGUUGCGAAAUAUUCAAGAUUGUGUAUGAUGUAGAAACCACACCUGAUUUUUAAUAACAAACAAUAAAAGAAUGUGACUUUGAGGAAAUAAAUGCGUGUGAAGAUGAAGUUGCCAAGAAUACUUCUGGAUUAUUUCGAAAAGAUAGGAAGUCAAUGAUUGAUAGUUCAUGGGAUUGGGAAAAUGAGACUUGCAUAAAACACAUAACAACGUUUACAAGAGAACAUAACUAUUAUUAUAUUUCUAAUAAUACCUAAAAUUGUACUAUAAAAGAGUGUUCCAUAAUUGAAGAGUACUUUUGCAAUGUUGAUGAAAUUACAGAGACCAUAAUUCCAUUUGGAGAAGCGUCAUCUGAUAUUCCCGAUUCUUCUAUUUAUAGCAUUGGAUCAAAUCUUGAUACUGGAGAUACUUGUGAGAAUUUGGAUUGCUCUUAAUUAUCUGAAUACUCGUGUAGGAUUGCCAAAAAUGAUUGUUUAUAACAGAAUACUUGCCAGCUGGAAUUGGAUUAUCCAUUUUAGUCUUUAAUAUAGGGAAGUUGUUUACCAAAAAAAAACUAUAUUUUUAAUCAAUGGUGCCAAUUGAAAUAAAAUAUAGUGGAUGUAUGCUUAAACACUUUUUCAAAGGCAUUGUGCUUAGAUUUGAGUGAUAAUUGUUACUAUGAUAGUGAUUAAGGAGGUUGUAAGUACAUAGCAGGUAAUGAACAUAAAAUUGUAGAUUGCAAUCAAAUUGCAAAUAACUGUUACGUUAGUUCAAAUUUCAGAGCAAUAUGCUAGAAUGGAUAAUCUAGUAUAAAACCAGGCGAUCAAUGCAAAACAGUUCAAAAACCACAUAAGACUUGUGUACCUCUUCUUACAUAUCAAUCAACAUUCAGUUGUUCAAAUAUAUUGAGCUAAGAUGCUCAACCAAUCUUAUGUUCUAAGGCUAGCGAUGAUUGCAGAUUCGAUGGGUAGAUGUGUAUAAGUACAAUGCCUACACUCAAGUCAAAUGGAAAAUGUCCUUGUGAUAUGAGCUUUAGUAAAUAAUUAUGUACCAAAUGCGGAUGUGAUUAUGAUUAUACAGGGUAUUGCUAAGAAACUAAAUAAGUACCUUAAGUAAAACCAGACAAAUCAAAUAAAUACUUUUUGUGUUUUGAAGUGAAUCUAUUAAAUACAUCAUUUAUAAAGGAAAUAUGCGGAAAGGUUGAUGAAGCUUGUGCAUAUCGUGGAUCUACAUGUUAAGAUGCUAAUCAUUAUACAUGCAGUGAACUAUUAUUGUAUACUGGUUCAUUAAAAGCAUGUCAAAAAUGCUAAGAAUAUGCAACUAAAUAUGAUGCUACUGAAUAGAAGUGCAGUAAAAUUGACAAUACUGUUUAGAAUUCAUGUGAUAAUCUAAAUUAAAUUGCUUGUCUUCUCAAUACUAAAGGAGUCAAAUGCAAAUGGGAAAACUUUAGUUGUUAAACGAUAUCAAUAUAGAAGAGUGAUGUCAUUUAAUGUUCUAUUUUGAAUUUUGAUGCUUGUUAUAGUUCAUAAGUCAAUAUUUGUUGGAUUGAUUAAGCAACUUCCCUAUGUGUUGAUUAUGAUCCUUAUAAAGGCAAAUGUGAUCUAUUAAAAACUGAAUCUCUAUGUGUAAGGUCUAUGUAUGAGAAUUGUAAAUGGAGUUCAAACUAAUGCAUUCAGAGCAGUGUGAUCCCUAAUGAUACAUGCGAGAAUUUAAAUCAAUAUUUAUGUCUAAAUGCUCAAAAUAUCUCAUGUGGAUGGUCAGAUGUAUAUGAAAAGUGCUAUAAACUGGUAUUCAAUUCAGAACCUGCUUCAUGUGUUGAAUUUCUGAGUAGCGAGUAAUAAUCAUUUAUAAAUCGUUGUAAUUCUUACACUUGUACUUAAAUUAAAGUUUAGUAAGGAUGCAUACAUGACUCGUAUUAUAAAUGUAGAGCAAUUAUUCCACUUGAUGUCAUCUCUUGUGAAGUAUCACCAAUUUCUAAUAUAAAUGAAUUUGCAUGUGCAAAGUUGGCCAAGGGAAAGUGUAAAUUUGUCGAAAGGGUGUGUGGAGGAAUGUGCAAGUUUUAAUAAAGUCUAUGUGAUAAAACGGAAGAUCCUAACUUAGGUUGUCAGAACUAUUUGAACUAAGAAGCUUGUCUAUACUAGAAUGGUGCUUGUAAAUUUGAUAUAUUUUGUUAACCUUAUGCUAUAAAUUCCUUGGAUGAAAUUAGAACCAUCUUUCCUUAUACUUCAGGUGUGUGUUAAACAGCUAAUAUAGUGGUACAAUAAGGAGAUAUAAGUAUUGGAAGAUCCUUAAUUUAUGGGGCAGGACAAUAAAGAUGUUUAGAUAUUACAGAUAAAAACAUUAUAAUCAAUAAAUGUAGUUAUUCUGGAAUGAACAAGUACUCAUGCUUAUUAAAGACAAACACCUAUUGUGAGUAUAAGGAUGGUUUAUGUAGAUUUGUUGACUAGAAGGUAAUUGCUACAUUAAAAACAUGUAAUGAAUAUUUAAACUAAUAUGCUUGCACCAGAUUAAAUGUUGCAUGCAAAUUUGUUGAUAAUAAAUGUGCUUCAUUUGAUGAGAAAGAUGAUUGUUCUACUUUAUAGCAAGAAAAAGCUAUUGUAAAUAGUGUCAUUUGUUUAAGAGAACCAAAGACACCUUGUAUGUUCAAUGAUAGCACUUAGAACUGUGUAGUUAUUACGACGCCCUAAAACUGCAAGGAUCUAAAUAAAAAGGGUUGUAUAUUUGCUACUUAAGGAUACAAUUGCGAGUUCAAAUCAGGCAAGUGCAUUACUUCAUUUGGCAAUCCCAGAUGUGUAGCUGAUAUCAAUGAAGACAAAUGCCUGUCAAUCAUCACCAAAGGUCAAUUUUGCUAUUUUGAUUCAUUAACAGGGUGUAAAAAUGUUGAUAUCACCAAAGUUGAUCUCAAUAAAUGUGAAAAAAAUAGCUUGAGAACAAAUCCAAAUACCUGUUCAAAAAGCACAGAUGUACCAUGCUUUUAUGAUAAAACAAAUAAAUACUGUAUUGAAUUCACUGAUUCCAAUGGAUCUAUUAGUUCAAAUCCAGCGAAUUAUAAUAUAUCCAACAUUUAUUCAUUGAAUAAGAGAGCCUGCUAAAUGUUUAAUUAUGAAAAGGCUCUCAUGUGGUAGGAAACCUGUUCAAUUGUGAAAAGUUCAUAAUUAAUCUAUCUAAAGUGCAGUGCAUUUUUGAAUAAAAUAGCAUGUUUAAGUAUAAAGACACCAUUUUAGUUUUGUUAAUAUAAGAAUUUUCAAUGUGUUAAUGCUAAUUUAUAAGAUUUUAAAAGCAUGAGUUGUGAUUAGAUAAAGGAUGUCAAUUCUGGAGCAUUUUGUUCUGUAAAUACAAAUUCAACUCCAUGUCAAUACAAUAAGACCUUUUUCAGAUGCGAGUCCUUUGAUAAAGCCACAACAACUACUGUAAAUUGUGUUGAAAAAGAUCCAGAAGAGAAAGGAUUAAAUCAACCAGCUUGUGAGAUUGACAAAAAAAACUGCGUUUUCGAUGAAAAUUGUUAUAGAUUAAAUGAAAGUGGAUUUCAAUUUUGUAAGGAUAUCAAUAAAGUGGAUAGUUAAUUUUAAUGCAAAUAAGUUACAGGGGAGGGAUGUAUCAUUGACUCAAAUAGUUGUAAGAAGAUAUAUUAUGAUACAUACAGUAAAAUUAAAUGCGAAUAAGCAAGUAAUAGAUUUGGAUGUGUUAAUAUUCAAACAACAGGUCAAUUUUGCUAAUUUGAUGGAGAAAAAUGUAAACUUGAAAAUGUAAAAGAAUACGCAGAUAUUAGUUGUUUAAGCGUAGUGAAUAUAAACCAUUAUUCAUUCUGCGAAUAAACAAAGGAUAUCGCUUGCACUUUUGAUCUGAAAACCAAUACGUGUAGGAAUGUAUAUUCAUAGGAAGUGUUCUCAUGUGAAAGGGGAUUGAAUAAGAUAGCAUGUUUAAAUCAAACAACACCAAGUUUGAUGUGUAAAUUCCUUGAUUAUUGUUAUGGUCCUAAUAAUGGAAUUUUGAAUUGUAUUCAUAAUGAUAAUGACUUAUGUUGCAGAGAAGCUGAUCAAAUUGAUACAUGUCUAAAUUAAAAGAUUUAUUAGUGUGAGUGGACAGCAGAUGGUUGUCGAGCUUAUACAAGUACUACAUAGGAUUGUAAUGAUAUCGUAAAUAAAAGCUUUUUGAUUUGUGCUGCAAUCAAAAAUGUACUCUGUGUUUAUGCACCUAGUGAUCAUAAGUGCUAAACUGAAAUACCCACUACAUGUGGUUUUUCAUAAACAAAUUAACAAUGUAAAAGAAUGAAGUCAGUUUCUUGUAUAUGGAAUUAAGAAGAAGAAAUCUGCACAUAUUCAGAAAACUCUGCUUAUCUGACUUGCUAGGAAGUGAGUUAAUAUUCUGGAAAUUAAAGAGCCUGCAUGAAUGUUGAAGUAUAAGGGUAGAUGUGUAUUUACAAGGAUGAGAAAUGCAUACUCUUUGUUUAAUCAGAAACUUCUAAUAAUUGUUUGGAUUCAAUUAAUAAGAAUGCAUGUCUGCAAUAAACCAUCGAUGAUUGCUAAUGGGUUGAAUAGGUAUACAAGGUUAUUAAAUACUAAAAUUCACCUAUUGAAGUGGAAAUAGUUUAUGGUGAAUGUCAACCAAUCACAGAUAUCAAUUAGACAUUUUGCUAUUAGAACAUUAGUUAUACUGCUUGUAUGAAAACAAAUAGGAUUGGAGAAUUUUGCAUCUGGAAAGAUUUUAGAUGCCAAUAAAUAAGUGAAUAGGAAGUUUACACUCCUAAUUAACUGAUUCUUGUCAAUUAAAAUGCAUGUGGUUUAAUUAAUAAUGGAGACAUAGUAAAGUACGAUGAAAUGUUUAAGAAAUGUGUAAUCAUUGAAAAUCCAAAUGAACUAACUUGUAAUCCUCAAAUUAUAGGUCUAAAUAAAGAGGCUUGUAUGACCAUAACAAACUAGUCUUGUGUUUGGAAUAUCAUUUCGAAGAGUUGUUCUUAUUCAGAGUUCUAAGAUAUACCCUAGCUUUGUGAAAGGCCCAAUUCUAAUGCCUUUUCAUGCUCAAAUCUUGAUAUUGAUCACCCUUGUGGAUAUUCUGAUGGUGGUUGUCAUGUUGUUGACUUAAACUCUAUCACAUGCACUCACCCAGGCUUAAAUAAAUAUGCCUGCCUGAAUAUUAAAAAUCACCCUUGUAUUUGGAAAUAUAAUGAACAGACUGCUAAUGAUUAUUGUGAUGAUUAUAUUCCUUACACAUAUUGUUUGGCAGUACCUAUUAAUGUGAAUCCAAAAGUUUGUUCAUUAGUUGAUCAAGAUUCUUGUUAGUAUGAUAUCAAGAAUAACAAAUGCAAAGCUCUAGAACCUUUGUUAUCAAAUUGUGAUACUAUAGGCUUAAAUCUUAAAGGUUGCAUUGAGAUUGAUGGAUGCGCAUUCAAAGAUUAAUGUAUAAAAGUGACCGAAAAAUUAUAUAAUUGUAAUGAAUUCCCAUUGGCAAAUUAUCACGUUUGUUCAAAUGCAUAAGAUAAUUGUAAAUUCAAUGAAUUAACAUAUGGCUGUUAGCAAUCCAAUAUAGAAUUAUGUGAUACUAAAGGAUUAAGUUAAUUAGGUUGUAUUUAAAGUAAUUGCUUAAUGGAAAAUAAUUAAUGUUAAUGUACCAAUGGCUUUAUGGAAGAGAAUUGUAAUGUUAUUCAAGAGGUUGAAAAAUGCAAUUAACUUGAACAUUGCAUAUAUGUUGAGGAAACGAAGAAGUGUAAAUGGAAAUAGUGUGAGGAUUUAUAAUACAAUUAUUGUGAUGGUCAGUAGAUCAAUUAAUUCUAUUGUUAUUAAACUUCUUCAUAGCAAUGCAAAUCAGCUAAAAGAUGCGAAGAUAUUCAUAAUCCUGCUUCUAUCAAUCCAACCUUAAAUAAUAAGCCUUGUAUUUUUAAUUCAGAUUCAUAAUUUUAUAAACUUUUAAAUUGUGAAGUCCUGGAUGAAUAGCAGUGUUAAAGUUAUCCCAAAUAUUGCAUAUUUGAUGAAUUUUGCAGAUUUUCAAGAUGCAGUGAUCUAAAAUAAAUUAAUUGUCCUUCAAAUAUUUGUUAUUGGAAUUCAAAAAUGGGUGUCUGUCAAGAUUAAGUUGAAUGUUCUUAGAUAUCAGAUAAGAAUUAAUGCACAUCAAUGAAGUAUGAAGAUAGAUAAUGUUCCUGGAUUACAUAAGAAAAUUAAUCCUUUUGUACAGAUUCACCUUGUAGAUUCUUGGUUAAGAAAUUUGGUUGUUCAGGACUUUAGAUUUCAGAAUAAAUUUGUGUCGAAGUAGAUGCUGACAAUUGUUUAUCAUGUGAGGAAAUUUCACGUCCUUGCAUUUGUCUGCAACACAAUCAAUAUUGCGAUUAUAAUUUUAAUUCUUAAAAAUGUGAAUCCAGAACCUGCUCAAACUAAGUUGACUAAUCAAAAUGUCCCUAAGAACAUUGUGAUUUUUCAUAAAAGUGUGUGCCUAAAUGCCAAUAUAUUGCUGACGAGAAUUUAUGUAAAAACACACGUACAUGCACUUGGGAUGAAAAAUGCAAAAGUAAGGAAGUACAAGUUGUUCCUACAUAAGAAAAUGUCAAAAUUUGGGGGUUAAUAAACAUAUUCACUUUAAGCAUUUUGAUUCUUUAUUUGUGA